AUGUGCCAGCGGCCACUCUGCCACCCAGGACAAAGAAACUGGAGCGAAGAAUCUACCUGGGCAGAGGCAGAAUGUGUGACCACCCAGGGAGCAAAACUAGGACAGUUGUCAAGGAAGGGAGGGCACAAAACAGCAGCCACAGGGAAAGGUGAGGAGGCGCUCAUCGGCCCCCGGAAGAGGGCGGCAAAGUACCUGGCUCUCUCUGCCAUGCAGAAAGUCUCAAGGCCAUCCCAGGACCAAGUCCCGGACCUGCAGAUCCCUGCCCAGCCCUCCAGACCUCCCCAAGGCCAGGUCCUUACGAGUAACAGCGGCAAUCUCCGUAUGUUGGAAGACCAAGUCCUCUGUCCCAUUUGCCUGGAGGUGUUCUGCAACCCGGUCACUACUGCCUGCGGCCACAACUUCUGUAUGACAUGCCUCCAGAGUUUCUGGGACCAUCAGGCUGCCAUGGGCGAGACACACUACUGCCCCCAGUGCAGAGAGAUGUUCGCCACCCGGCCCCACCUCUCCAAGAACGUCAUCCUAGGGGAGAUGGUGGCCUGUUUCACCCAGGCCAAAGGCCAGGCCUCUCGACCCUUGUGGAAGCUGGCUGGACCCAGGGAUGUGCCCUGCGACUUCUGUUCCCCACAGAAGCUCCGGUCCGUGAAGUCAUGCCUACAGUGCAUGGCGUCCCUGUGUGAGAAGCACCUGCGCAGCCACUUCGAGGACGAGGUGUUUCAGGACCACCAGCUGCUGGAGCCCGUGUGGGAUCUCAAGACCCGCUUGUGCAGGAAGCACCGCAAGCUGCGGCGGCUGUACUGUCGCACGGAAGGCAGCUGCGUGUGUGGAGCCUGCCUGCUGGAGGAGCACAAGAACCAUGACACCACGCCGGUGGAGGAGGAGCGGGCCCGCAGGGAG